AUGCAAAUCGAAUUAGACCAAGUCGUCGUACUCCACAUAGGUGCCGGAAACCAUAAGCAGAAGAAUAACAAUGAAUACGUAAAAUUGAUGAAGCAGGCUUUGAAAAAGAGCAACGUCAUUGAAGUCAAUGACAUUUUAGAACACUCAUCAUUGACCAAUACUGGAUAUGGGUCAAGUUUGAAUGUAUUGGGCGAAGUGGAGAUAGACGCUAGCUAUAUCAAAAGCAAUGGUGAGACGGGCGCUUUAUCUGGCUUACAAGUUGAUUCACCGACAAAAGAGAUGUUUCGAAUUUUCAACAAGAUUGAUGAUUUGUAUAAUAGAGAAGCUAAUCUAUCACGACCAUUGAGUUUGCAUUGUGCAAGCUUGAGCAGAUUUAUGAAUAUUCCCGUCAAUGAACACCUUGUAUCCCCCAAAUCUAAAAAGAUUUAUGAUAUGUAUAAAGAUACUGUAUUUCGAUUUCCCCAUCAAGAAAUUGAAGUAAAUGACACAAUUGGAUCGCUUGUAAUUGACACUAAUUCAAACCAAACUGUACUUGCCACUACAUCCGGAGGUCAUUUUUUCAAACUUUCAGGAAGAAUAGGUUGUGCCGGGAUCAUUGGGGCUGGAAUCUAUUAUGAACAAGUGGGGGAUUUGGAAAUUAGUUGUAUGUGUUCUGGGAACGGAGAGCAAAUUGUUCAAAAUUCGUUAGCUCAGUUGAUUGUCAAAAACAUCAGUCGUAUGGAUGAUGAAGGAGAGUAUGGGGUACAGUUGCAAAAGCUUAUUUUUGCAAAAGCACGAAAUAUGUAUUGUGGUUUCAUUGUUGUAUUAAAGAGAGCAAGUAGAGGAGGAGGAGGAGAAGGAGAAGGAGGAGGAAUUCAACUACUUUACGGCCACACAACUGAGACUUUCUACUUUGGUACUAGAGUUAACAAUGCAACACGAGUUGUGUUGAGUUGUGCUGAAAAGGACGGUAAAUUCACCUUUGGUGAAUAUAAACUCAAAUAG